GGCCGCCGUCGUCAUCAUCGUGCUGGUGAAUCGGCGAGAAGGUCGGUACAGUCGCCUCGAGCCGCCUCGAGGAGGAUUCCUCCGCGAAGAGAAAGAAACCGGCUGCCUCCUCCUCGCUCCAUGGCCGGACAGAGGAGAGAGACUGGAACGAAGCUGGAUUGGAGCUGAGUGUGCUGGUCGCGCCGAGGCUAAUACCUAGCCGCGAACGAGCCUUUCCUCAGUCUUUCACGUCCCGAGCGAGCGGCCACAUUGUCCAACAGACGCUCGCACGCACGUUCCUCGACAACCGGCGUGAGUUUCGUCCGCGCGUCGCGCCCCACAUCGUGCAUUUUCCGCGCCGCGCUGCGCCGCGCCGCGCCGCGCCGCGACACGAGGGACCAGUGAGAUCGACCAUGUGUGCCACGACGCGAUCCCGAUAGCCGCGAGAUCCUGGUGCGUCAGAGGAGUGUGCAGGUCUCGGCUCAGCUCUGGUGUUGCUGGAGCCGCUGAGAGGAGGACGCUAGAAGAAGCGGAGGAGCGCGCGCGCGCCGCAGGAGAAGAGGGAUAUAAUAUGAGGUUCCUCUGCGUGGCGAUUGCCAUCGCGAGUGCAGCGUUUCUCUCGACAAUCGUCGGCGGUGCGCGAGGCGGCGGCCGGAGCAGCAAGGUGUCGAAGCGGGCGAAGCCGCUCGAUCCCGCCGAUGACGACUAUUACUACGAUGACGUGGAGCCGGUGGACGAGAGGAACAAUCCGACGAACGAGGCGCCGGUCGUGCCGCCCGGAUUCCUGAGCCCGUCUGUGCGGGAGUACCUCGAUCUCGGUAAAUCGAUACCCGGUCGGCCAGGCACGGAUUACCCGGUGCUGGGCAAGGUGCCCUACACGAAUUUCUACUGCGACGACCAGUCCUUCCCCGGCUUCUUCGCCGACGUAGAGACGAGAUGCCAGGCGUGGCAUUAUUGCGACAUAGACGGCCGACAGGCAACGUUUCUCUGUCCGAACGGCACGCAAUUCAGCCAAGCGGUCUUCGUCUGCGACUGGUGGUUCAACGUGAGGUGCGAGCUCAGCCCGAAGCUCUACGCCAUCAACAGUCGACUUUACGGAAAUGAAGGGGGCGGGGAGAUGGCACGCGAUAUAUACGUCGUCCCGGGACGAAGAGAGAAGAAGAAGAGACCACUGCGAGGGAGAGCAAGAUACGAAGAGAAGGGGGAGAAGGAGAAGAAGAGAGCGAUCGUGGUUGCCUGAUAUGGAAAAUACCACCCCCUCGCGCGAUGCGGAAAUCGCAAAAAGCGCCGUCGAGAGAGAAAACACGACGCGCAAACGGUGCUCCCGAAAAAUACCGACGGCCACCAGCCAGACACACACACACACACACACACACGCACACACACGCACACACACACACACACACACACACACACACACACAACGUACGCGCGCGCUACACGCGACGCAGACCGCAACACGUUUUUCCCUUUUCGACAAGUCGCUAUCAGUCAUGCUUGUGCUCGUCGGCUGCUGAGAACCUCUCGCCAAUCAGCCGCCAAUCGCGAUAGCUUAACUAUUCCAUCACCGACUGAGAUGAGCUCGCGAGGCGCUGUCGCGAUUUACGUCCGGCCCUGUCGCGACGGCGGAACUUUCAAAGGAUACGGGGAGAUCCUGCGCAGAACGAGGAAGAGAAAAGGCACGGGGGGGAGGGGGGGAGAGAGAGAGAGAGAGAGAGAGAGGACAUCCGACGAUUACUGUCUCGCGAACGGGAGACGAACGGUGAGAGAUUAUCCGGCGGACAAUCGGCGGCUGCUGCGCGACUACCGGAAGGUCGAGUGGCGAACAUCGCCGAUACGUCGCGACGAGUCACUCCUCGAGAGCGCACUCGAGCCGCUGAAUCGCGGAGGACGAACAGAUGGCGGGAGCGGGGGCGCUCCGGGAGAGAUUACCUGGCGCGGAUAAAUCUUUGCCCAAUGAAUACCGAAGCGCGAUCAGUCGAAGACGAGAGAACAUUCGCUCGCUCGGGAGCGAAGUAGAGGAAUCGAGCGGCCGCUCGAGUCGGAUGAGCACCGCUGCGUCAAUAAAAGAGGAAGCGGAGGUGGAGCGCGCGCGACUUCCGUCUGCAGCAGCGCGGUCCGUCCUCCCUUCUGCCGGCAGCCGAGACCUGGAAAAGCGUCCAUCCUGUAGCCCCGAUGCGGUUCUUAAUCGUUGAUGAGAUCGCGUUCAAGACGCGGCACCCUCUCGCUCGCUCACUCUUCGUCGGCGCUUCACGAGUGAACGUCGUCUCGCCUCCAGAGAAUAAGAAGCUUCGGAAGUUGAUCGUUACGGCGCAAGUGUGAGAGCCACCGGCCCGGCCGAUACGUGCCACGGGCACACCUGUGCGAGGAGAGUCAACCGAGUGGCUCCUUAAGCGAUCAUCAAACCCGGGCACGACUGGUCGAACGACGACGACGAAGACUAAGGCGAAGACGACGCUAUAAUCUACUCGACGGACGUCGCAGCGCGGUAGUUUUAUAUUUAUCGAUCGCCCGGCGAAAUUGGCGAAAGUAUCGUUCGCGCGUUUCGCCGUGAGAACGAUUCUGAUCGCAAGGAUCGCGAUAAAUCUAAAGGGUCGCAUAAAUCUCUAUGCGCCGAUCUGCGGCCGCGUCGACGUAGUCCGGCCAGACGCUGUUAAGAUAAUCCUGAAGCGCUCUCUCCAGUGAUUGUUGACGUUACGUUUAAAUACGCGUUCGGUUUCUUCGAAAUGAAAACACCGUCCGCGACGGGCGAUGUCAUCGCGAAUGAGCUCUUCAGCUCGAGGCCGACAUGACGAGAGGAGAGACCCCGCCGCUCGACCAAUGUUAUACUCACGUCGCUUGAAAAUGUAAGCUCUCGCCGCCGAUGUGCUAACACGCUCGUGUUGCCCGAAGAGAUUAACGCGCUGCUGCGAUUCCGGAAGGCGAAUUACAGAGAAGAGAGUCUAGAAACCAGGUCGCGAAACACGCUCGGCUCUUCGAUUCCGCUCUUCCCCGCGACCGGUGAGAUUCGCGCACCGAUGGCACGGGAGCGGACAAAAGGGCCGGCUGGCGAGCGCGAGUAAUUAUCCGAGCGGAAAAAUGAACUCUCGCGACAAUGACGCGGCGCGCAUAAAGGGCGAAAAAAUGGCGCUCGCUGGCGGCGAGUCGCGACGCGUGAAAGUCGAUGCCUCCGGAAAUCAAUAUCUGAUAAUAUGAUUGUGCACGCGUGAUGCCGGGGCGAAGUGUGACAACGGCGGGCUCACCGGCAAUUAGUAAUGGCGUGUCGUCCGAUCGCGAUAUUGUUACGGCCGGUCGGCCGCGGCGUCGCGCGAUCUGAAAAGCGAUCGUCACGCGACGAGCUGUCGCCGCACAUGCCAAUAAACGAAUACGUGCGCGGGUGAGCGCGACGAUACGCGCCACGCCGCGCCGCGCCGCGUCGAUUCCGCCGCGAGCGGACGGCCGUGAUUUUCCGGCGGCAGAAGAAAAGCGGGGAAACUGGACGAACAAGAAAAGCGGCCAACGGCGGCGUCCUCGGACGCAGCGCACCAGCUCGUGGCGUUAAUUAGCUACUUGUUGUGAAAGAGAGAUGGAGGA